AUGGCACAUGGACAUCAUAAAAAGAGAAAGAGUGGACGAAAGAGCGGCGGAGGCACCCGCAGAUCCUCUUCGUCUCACGCACAUGAACUAGAAGAUGAUUACAGCGAUUAUGAAGACGACGAACGAGUGGAAGGUCGAAGAAGUAGUAGUCGACGCAAAAGCUCUCGUAAAUCUCAAUCUCGUAGCAGCCGUCCUGUAGUGGAAGAAACGCAUUCUCCAUCGCAAAGCCGGCGUUCUGGCAGUCGAAGAACCUCAUCCGCCAAGGAUUUUCCAGAAGAAGUAGUAGAUGACAGACGAUCGCACAUGCUGAAUCAACGUUCGAGCAAGAGGCAUCAAAGUUCGAGAGACUUGAAGGAAUCCAAACAGAAGCAAAAGAAAAAGUCUGCUUCUUCCCAAUCCGCACGCCACAUCUAUGGCUCCAAGGAUACACAUGUUCAAGUAGCCGAACGGGUGGACCCUCUCACCAAGAUCGAUAUGGUUAGCAAGUUGGUCGAAAACAUGGGAGAGGAUGAUCUCGAGGUCGUCAGCAAGUUGCUGAACAACUCGGACGGAAAGGGGAAGGGAAAAGGAAAGAAGACAAAGAAGAGAGAUAUGGAAGAUGAUGACAGCGAUGAGGAGACCUCGUACUUUACUAAACUGUCUUCCAAAAAGAAGUAUGCUUUGAUUGCAUGUGCCACAUUCACGGUGACUGUCGUCGUUGCGGUUUGUGUGGUCGUUUUUGGAUUUGCUCAAGGAGCCAUUAAUACAGCAAACGGAUCAAGAUCGAACUAUCCAGUGUUGGACAUCAUCAAGUAUUCUCCUCUAUUGACAGGAAAUAUUACCAUUGGUACUUUGCCAGGCGGACCGGCCGAAGAAUUCUAUCUCAAUAUCAACUUUGUCAACUUUUCCAUUUUUGAUGAAGAAGAUUUGGUGCUCUACAUUACACGGGGAUUCAACGACACAUUGAUUGAAACAAGGCAGCUGCAAACGCACUUUCGGUUUGAAAAAAUUGCACUGCUAAAAAUGCCCAUCAAGCUUCCACUUGAUUUCUUUCCAGGAGAGUUUGAAGGCAUCGUUUUGUCGGAUGAAAACGAAGCUACACUCAGGCGAAUUGAGCUGGUGCAGUCGCCACUGGAAACCAUCGACGACGAACGUGAUGCCAUGCAACCUUCGGGACAGCCGACUUCUUCCAUGGCUCCAACAAACCGGCCCAGUUUGAAUCCUACCGAACGUCCUUCGAUCUCGCCCACCCGCAAUCCGACACUCCGACCAUCUCAUGUACCUUCGAUGGUUCCGUCCAUUUCACCUUCGACAUCACCACCUUCCCAAACACCAACGGACUAUCCCACAGUCACGCCGCGACCUACGAGGCUUUUCAGCGAUGCACCUACCGAUGCACCCUCACAAAACCCCACAGCGGACAAUCGUCUGACACGCUUAGAGGAAGUUCUGACGGUCACUUUGGGGAGAUUUCCAAACCCGGCAACUUCCUCCACUCCACAAGCAAGGGCAGUCCGGUGGCUGGCAGAAGGAGGUCCUGGAAGUAACCUUAAUCUCAAGGGACCCGAGCAGAACAUUCUUCAGCACUUUGCAUUGCUGACACAGUGGUACUCGACUACUCCCAAUGAAUGGACUUCUACCAAUACCAUUGUCGACCCGUCCAAGCCGCUUUGUGAAUGGGAAGGUGUCACAUGCAAUUCAGGCCAAGGAAUUGGAGAAGAAGAAAUCGUUGCCUUGGAAUGGCCAAAGGUCAACAUGCAAGGUACAAUGGCGACAGAAUUGGGUUUCUUGACAGCUCUGACUGCCCUGGAUUUCCAUGAGAACCUUCUUCGAGGGUCUGUACCUACAGAAUUGGAAGGUCUGACGAACUUGAAAGUAUUCGACUUGGGUCAAAAUCAACUGACUGGAGCAUUGCCGAAAUUGAGCAACAAUCAAGGUGGGCUUGAAACAUUGGACUUGGGUCAAAACAUUGGGUUGUCUGGCAAUUUGGCAUCCUACAUUCCCACGCUUCCGAGAACCUUGAAACUAUUUUCAUGUGAAGAUUGCCAGUUGGCUGGAACUUUGCCCAUUCAAUUACGAUCUCUCCAAGCGCUAACAAAGCUGAAUCUCAGUGGGGCUGGAAUUGAAGGCAGUAUUCCGUCCAAUUUAGCAGAGCUUCCACAGCUAAUAGAACUUGAACUCAAGGACAACUUAUUCACUGGACAGAUUCAUCCACGUUUUGCCACCAUGACGAAGCUGGAACGGUUGGACUUUUCCAGCAAUCAAUUGACUGGUUCUGUGAUUAGCGAUCUUGGACGCCUUACGUCAUUGCGACGACUGGAUCUGAGUAACAAUGCUUUGCGUGGGGCCGUUCCCUUCAGUAUUGUUUCUAUGCGAAGUUUGAAUGUGUUGGAUCUCUCGACUAAUCAGAUUGCUGGCAACUUGCCUCGUCUCUCCGGUGCUUCCCUGAUAUCCGUGAAUGUCAACAACAACCUCGGUAUCACCGGCAACAUGGGUGUUAUAUUUGCGGAUUCUCCAGACACCUUGAAUGAGUUUGGAUGUUCGAAAUGUCAACUGACUGAUCUGACUAUCCCGAAUUCAAUUCAAAAGCUGAACUUGCGGGAAACUGGUCUUUCUGGUCCCAUUACUGCAGUGAUGAACCAGCUCCGCAUGGAGAAUCUCACCAGCAUCGAACUUCAAUACAAUGCCUUGACCGGCCGAAUUCCAAUCCAGCUCCUUUCUAAUCCAACCGUUGAAACUGUUCGAUUGAAUAAUAAUCUGCUAUCCGGUUCCAUUCCUUCCCUUGCAAAUGCUCCAUCGCUGAAAGACGUGGACUUUUCCGACAACAAUGGGAUAUUCGGCGACACUUUUACGAUUCUGAACUCCCUUGGUCCGCAAGUAACUCGAUUCAGUUGCAACAACUGUACGCUGGGAGGCGCUCUUACAGAUGCCAGCCUUGCAUCCUUGCCCAUCCUCGAAGUGUUGGAAUUGGAGAGAACUGGAUUGAGUGGACCCAUACCAAAUUCGUUAGGAAGCUUAGAGACCUUGAUUGAAUUAGACUUGAGGAAAAACACCAUGACAGGCACUGUCCCAUCGGCACUUGCAACUUCAUCGAAGAUCACGAAACUCUUGCUAGGAAAGAAUCAGUUGACGGCAUCCUUGACAAGCUUCACUGGGUCUUCUCUUGAAGAGUUAUCCUUGGAAGAAAACUUGUCAAUCACCGGGGAUCUGAAUGCAUUUUUUUCCAUCGUCUCAAAGACACUAGUUGAGUUUGAUUGUGAUCAAUGCAAAGUUCCGGGAACUCUUCCAGGAUCGCUGCUGAGGGAUUUUCCGAAUUUGAAAGUACUGAAGCUCGAGCGGGCAGGCCUCGUUGGAUCCAUCCCAACAGAGUUGGGUAGAAUGUCUCAGCUAAGCAGUCUUGAUCUCGGGAGCAACAGACUCGUUGGUACGAUUCCAGAAGCCAUUGGCGACAUCGCAACACUUUCCGAAAUUCAAUUGAAUGACAAUCUGUUGGAGGGCAAUAUUCCUGUUUUCUCAAGUCCAAUUCUAGAAGUCAUCAAUUUGAACGAUAACAUUGGUCUUCGGGGUAGAGUAGAUGCAUUCAUUGACUCCUUUCCUGCUCUGACAAUGACAGAAAUCAUGUGCGAGGAUUGUAUUCUGGAGGGUACUUUGCCACGAAGCAUUUCGAGAUUUCGAAACUUGGAAGUCCUUCGACUGGAUAAGGGCGGCAUCAUUCAGGGCAGCCUACCAACACAGCUGGCGGAGCUGACAAAGCUCAAGCGGCUGGACGUAUCCCGAAAUCUCAUCACUGGAGUCGUUCCGGCGCAAUUCCGGGACCUAAGAACUCUAGAGGAGCUUGACCUUGGAGGUAACUAUCUUCGCGGUUCCAUACCAGCCUUCCUCGGCGACUUGUCCAACUUAGAGGAGCUCAUCUUGAGCAACAAUAUAUUUUCUGGGACCGUUCCUCGUAGAGUGGGCACAUUGCAAAAACUCAAGGUUGUGGACCUUAGCGACAACGAUCUGACCGGGCCGAUACCUCCAUUCACCAGUGACUCCCUUCGGUUCCUUGAUUUGAGCGACAACACGCUGCUUGAGGGAAAACUUGAUUGGAUUCUUGGGAACUUGACGGACAAAAUACAGUCCUUUGCUUGCGAGGACUGCGUUCUUCCUGGGUCCAUUCCUUCGAAUCUUAUUGCUCGCAAAUUGAGCCUUGAGUAUAUCAAACUUCAGACUUGUGAUUUGGUGGGCACCAUCCCAAUUGCUUUUUCAAGGCUUGUCAAUUUGACGUCCCUGGAUCUGUCAGAGAAUGAUCUCGUUGGAAGGGUUCCGACCCAAAUUACUCAACUCUCAAAGCUGAAGAAGUUCGAUGUUUUCGAUAACCUGUUGACAGGCACAAUUCCGCGGUUCAGAUCGCUUUCCAACCUAGAAGCUUUGGAUCUGGGAAAGAACCAAUUCGUGAUUGAUGCCUUUACUGUAUUCGACACUCUGCCGACGUCGCUCAAGGAGUUGAUCUUUGACGAGACGCCACUUGCCGGAACCCUUCCCUACACUGGCAUCCAGGCGUUCUCCAGUUUGGAAUAUUUUGGAGUUAGGGGUUGCAGUCUCUAUGGGCGUCUUCCUCUCUUUGAUGGUUUGCAGAACAUCACCACCAUUUAUCUUAGUGAGAACACUCUAAGUGGGACCAUUCCUGCUUCGUAUGGACAACUGACCAAGCUCCAAAUCUUGGACCUUUCUACAAACGAUAUCUUUGGCAACAUUCCCAAUUUUGCCAACGCAAGAAGCCUUCGCCGAGCGGACUUUAGCUACAAUAUUGCUCUUGUUGGAAGUCCAGACAGAAUAUUCCAAGGAAUGCCCGAGUCACUGGAAGACAUUCGAUGCCAGUUAUGCGGCUUGACGGGUCCAAUUCCAGGCCAAUCCAUGUUGAGAUUCAGGAAUCUCACUGGUAUUCUCCUCCAAGAAAAUACGCUCACGGGCCAAAUUCCGACGCAAUUCGGUUCGCUCACCAAACUAAGCCGUCUAAGUCUUGGUGGAAAUGCUCUAGUCGGCUCGAUUCCAACUCAGAUUGCGAGUUUGCCAAGAUUGGAAAUCUUUGAUGUGUGGGGAAAUCAACUUACGGGAGUGGUGCCGUCCUUUGCUCAAAAUGAUGGCUUUCUCAGUUUCUUUGAUAUUGAAGACAACCUCGUUACCGGAUCCUUGUCCGGGAUUCUCCAAGCACUUCCACCAGAAUCUUUGCAAAAGUUCUACGCUGGCUACAAUCAAAUCACAGGUUUCAUCCCACCUACAAUUGCGUCCUUUCCCAAGUUACGAGUCUUUGAUAUUCGGUUUGCCACUGUUGGUGGGACACUGCCAAUGGAAAUGGCGUUCAUGAAUCAAAUGGAAGAAUUGCGGAUUGAAGGGAAUGGAAUUGGUGGAGUCUUCCCCGCGGGUAUUGCCAAUAUCAGAACCUUGGUCCAACUGGGAAUCCAUGCCAAUCGUUUCAGUGGGUCGCUCGAUGCCGUGUGUGCUGCGAAUGCCGGUAUUGUUCCCUUUCCUAUUGACAUGACGGCCGAUUGUGCUAAUCCAGUUCUUGUCUCCUGCAGUUGCUGCAGCGAUUGCUGGAUGCAGAAUACAGGAGGCUUUCCUGUCUAG